AUAUGGAAAGAGACAACCUUUGUUCCUAAAAUUGCAUUUAUAGAACAGAGGAAGCUAGGCUCUCGGUCUCAAACCUUCCAUCUCCACCAAUUUCACGACAAUGGAACUUCCACACUUUCUAAGCCUAGUCUCCUUAUACGGCAGCUACCUCCGCCGCGCUUUCACCGCCUCCGGCCUCUCAUCACAGACCAUUGACGUGGACAGCGAAACCACCAUCCAUUUCUGGGGUCCCAUUCCCAAACCCACCCAAAAACCCUCGCUUGUUUUUAUGCACGGCUUCGGCCCCAUGGCGCUCUGGCAGUGGCGUCAGCAGGUCCAGUUCUUCUCCCCUCACUUCAACGUCUACGUCCCUGACCUUGUCUUCUUCGGCGGCUCCACCACCAAGUCGUCGGAGAGAGCCGAGACCUUCCAGGCGGUUUCCGUCGGAAAACUGCUCGAGAUCUUGGGAGUGAAUAGAUUUUACGUGAUGGGAACCAGCUACGGCGGCCUGGUGGCCUAUCACUAA